AUGAGUUGAGAAUCUAAGGUUUUAUGUACAGAUCAUGGAUCUUCUUGGUUCUGGAGGGUUGAAGGAGAAACAUAUUGUUGUUUAUAUAUAUGUGAUGGAUUAUAAUAUAUGUAAUAUGUAUACAUGUUUUGGACUAAUACAAUUUCUUAUAAUUCACAAUGUUGUUGCAUCUCAACUUUGUGAUUAUUUACCUUUUUUUUUUUUUUUUUUGGGUUUUAGCCACUGAUGGUUUUGCCUAUCUAUGGUAUAAAUAUAUUGUAGCAAACAAGGAUUGUAAAAGGUUUAUGUUAAUCCAGAUUUAGACUAGAUGGACCAUUAUGGAUUAGGGGAUUUGUGGAGUCUUUUAGUCUGGAUCUAAGUAGCGAGAGCGUGAAAGCGGAAAAAUCUAGGCGGGAGCUCGGAGCGUGAGAGAGGCACCGGUUUAGAAGAAUUGUGGACUGGAUGAGGCUUUGUCAAGUUCCUCCGGGUCUCCAAGGUCCAAGGAUGUUGUGUGCAUGAGAGUUGAACUUCUUGGCAUUAACAUCAGACUUUUACACUAGUGUCUGAUUGAUUAAAAUUUGUUUGUAAAAUUCCAGAAUUUAUUUUUAUGAAUUUGAUUAUGUGAGGACUGUUUAGAGUAAACCUUUGCAGGUGUCUGUUUCGAUAUCUCUCAGAUUCUUUCUAGGUUCCUCACUUAACUUAUUGUAGUAACUUUCAUCAGGCAUUCUUGUUCUUCUUUAAAUGUUGAUGUUGCUUACCAUUAAGCUCUGUAUGGUAUGGUGGAUACAAAAUUAAAGUUGAAGGAAACAUAGGAGGAGCGAAGUAGGUAACUCACCCUUCUUUUUUUUUUUUUGGUAUGGUAUGGUGGAUACAAAAGGAAUGGGUAUUGUGUGGUUUUACCAUUAUAUCAUUACAUAUAGAAGGGAUUUUUUUUAAGGUAAAAGCAUAAUAUAGAACAUGGGGAGCCAUUCCUAUCGUCUUUUCCUCCGACUUUGGAGGGAAGAAUACAAUGGGCCUGAAGGGAAAGGAUUCCCCCUCCUCUUUUCUCUUUCUUUUACCAUUCCAUCUUACCGCAUACCAUGGAAACUCUAUUGUUUGCUUCCCUUUUCUCUUCCUCCGCAUUCAUCCCUCGUGCACUUUAUUCAUAUCAAUUAGAUCACUAGUGAAGAUAAUUUCACAUCAAAUCUUCCCAAAUUUCUUGGCUUGUUAGUUUUUGUUUUUGUUUUUUUUGUUUUGUUUUUUUUUUUUCCCGAAUGGUAAAAGCAAACACACACACCCUUUUUGCCUACGUCCGGGCUCGAACCCCUCCCCUCCUCUUUAAGGAUAGGGAGAUUAUACCGCUAAGCCAAAGGCCCUUUGGUGGGUUAUUAGUUAUUACCAGCACCAUAUUAACUCUAUUUGUGGCUGAAAUAACAGCUAUCUCCAAGUUUCGGCUAUUUGUCAAGCUUAUUCACUAUCUGGAACUAGAAGUAUAUCCUACUAUAUCAUCUUCUUGAUGGUCUUUAAUUUACAAGGUGAUAUUCCCUGGAGAGUUGGGAUUCGAUGAUAGUGGGGUAGACUGUAGAGAGAGAUCUGGCAGUGGGAGGCCUAAGAUUGUGAGUUCCAAUCCAAAGGCUCUCAAAAUUUUAAGAAGAAUAUCAUAUGUAAAUGACUUCAUGCCCUUGUAUAUCACUCCUGAGGACGUGAUGCCUUGGAGAGCCCAAUGUCAAUGUAGCUAGGGAUGCCAGUCUUCAGAGGAGUGUCGUUGUUGGUCUAGUAAACUCACUGCAUGUGCCAUAUGUCAGGGAGAUGACAUCAGCUCUCCCUCUCAUUCAAAAAGGCCAAAGCAGAUACCAUGCAGGGCUAUAUGGACCACCUUGGCUCAAAUUUAGCCACAUGGCAUCUUUGGGAUCAUGAAGCAGCGGAUAUCUAGGUGGCAACAACUAAAUGGACCUUUUAUCAGGAUGCAUUAAAAGGUUAAAAUAUUGAGUACAGAUUUUCAAACAACUGACCUCUUAAUUUGAAAUUUUUGUCUAGUGGAAUGGAGUGGAGAAUAUAGCUUAAUUACGCAUAGAAGAAACAUCUUGUACUUCAUUCUUGGAAGUUUGUUUUGAUACGUGAUUAGUCUUGUCCUGUUCCUCCAGCAGUGUAUAUCACUAGCUUAUGGAGUAGAGUAUCUGCAUUUAGCUAAAUGUGACUGAUCAUGUCAAAUGCUGAAUUUGAUGUUCGCACACCUUCUUCAAGAAGUGAAAGUUAACUUAAUGGGUGAUGGUCAUAGGAAGGUAGAAUUCAUUCCAGAUCACUUUCAAGCUUCAACAUCAUCUGUGGACUCUCUUCCAAAGAAAACUUCAUCUAUUUCGCAUUCAGAAACUGAUACCUCUUCCAGGUCCAACAGCCGUUUGUGGGCUCGAAGAAAACUCAGAAGUGCUGCAGCCAUGUUGAACUUGUUUAGUCUACAGAAGCUACCUUGGGGAUCUGGUUCUGAUUGUCAGGAAAAGGUUGUGCUAACAGCAGUAGAAGUAGGAUCCCUUCGAUCGGAACUUGCUGAUAUAGAAGAAAGAGAAGCACAUUUGAAAGCUAAGUUGGAACAUCUUGAUGAAAUUCUACGAUCUGCUCGUUUGUCUGGUUAUUUGAACAUUCGGACUAGAUGGACAGCAUUGCCUGGAGAACCCCUUCCCAUUGAUGAUGCUGAUGUCGACGACCGGCUGCCACGCUUCGUUGUCCUUCAUGGGUCAUGCAUCUUCUUCUAUCUGUUGUCCACAGAUUUGAGCCCUCAGGACUCGACUCUACUCUCUGAUGUUGUUGAAUUAGGUCCUCUCCCAAGCUUUACACGAGAAGACGAGGAGACACAAUAUUCUUUCUAUAUAUUAACUCGUCAAGGACUCCGGUACGAGUGUUCAAGUGUCUCUAAAAUACAGGUGAGCUCUUGGUUGACUGCAUUACAAAUUGAUUGCAAAUUGGACCCCAAUAAAAUGGCUCUUACUGAUUCAAGUUAGACUUCAGAAUAUAUACAUAUUUGUAGAUAUGUCCUUUGAAAUAAAGUGAGAGCAUAGAUUAGCUAUGUGAAAUUUGUACAUAAUGUUUCUGUACAUAUAUAUAGAUGCAUUCUAACAAAAUAACAAAUCAUUGUAUUGAAUCAGUUGGACGUGCUAAUGAUCUUUGUAACCUAUUGUUCUAAUGAGCUAAGAACUUCUGACCACGUGAUCCAGUAAAA